UCAAUGAAAGUGCCACCGUGGCCUUAAAAAGACAAACCCACAUUAUUCUCACAGUGACUGUCCGUGUUUUUCUAACCGACAUAACAGUGUACGUAUGGUGUAAUGUAAAUACACACUCUAGCUGUGUGUCGGAUAUAUAUGUUUAUGUAUGUACGUGUGUUUUAGUGUAAGUAUUCAAUCUGGAUCACCGCAGCAAGAGAAGCAGAGGCAAGAGAGAGGAGAUCUCUAAAACCAAACUCCUCUUGUCCAAAACCAACAUGUUCUCCAAGUUCACCUCCAUCCUACAGCACGCUGUCGAAGCGCUUGCACCGUCACUGCCCUUGCAAGAGGACUUUGUCUAUCACUGGAAGGCCAUCACACAUUACUACAUAGAGACAUCAGAUGACAAAGCUCCAGUGACGGAUACAAACAUUCCCUCCCACCUGGAGCAGAUGCUGGACAUUCUGACCCAGGAGGAGAGGGAGAGAGAAUCUGGAGAGACGGGACCCUGUAUGGAAUAUCUUCUUCACCACAAGAUCCUGGAGACGCUCUACACCCUGGGCAAGGCUGAUUGCCCUCCUGGAAUGAAACAGCAGAUUCUGAGUUUCUACACAAAGCUACUGGGUCGAAUUCGCCAGCCACUCCUGCCUCACAUCAAUGUGCACAGACCUGUACAGAAACUUGUCCGUCUGUGUGGGGAGGUUCUAGCUGCUCCUACAGAGAAUGAAGAAAUCCAAUUUCUGUGCACCGUCUGCGCCAAACUUAAGCAGGACCCUUACCUUGUCAACUUCUUUCUGGAAAAUAAGAAUAAAAGGUUGGAGGCUGCUAAAGCUAGUGGAUCUGACUUAGUGAAAGAGGAUCCAUCCUCUCCAGACACAGGACAGAAUCAGAACCAAAAUACCAGUCCAGUCAAAUCUGCUCAGGAAGAUGCAGUGUGUAAAGCCACCAGCCCAGUUGAAGCUAGUCCCUCCGUCCAUUCUACACUGUCAAACAAUGACAACUACAACCUAGUCAGCUCCUUGCUCAACCUCACUAAGAGUCCAGAUGGUCGUAUUGUAGUGAAGGCAUGUGAAGGGCUGAUGCUGAUAGUCAGUUUGCCUGAACAGGCUGCAGCCCAAUGCCUCACAGAGAACACCGAGCUCAGUCAACUACUCACAGACCGGCUGGCACAGUUCUACCGGGCCCUACCCCAGUCCAUGGACCCUCUUGACAUUGAAACUGUGGAAUCUGUAAAUUGGGGGCUGGAUGUGUAUAAUCUAAAGGAGGAUGCAGUGGCUUUUGCUGGAAAACGUGCACUCAUUUCCUUCUUGUCAUGGCUGGACUACUGUGAUCAGCUCAUCAAAGAGGCUCAGAAGACAGCUGCUGCAGUUCUGGCCCGAGCCGUGAGAGAGCAAUUCUUUGUUGCCGUAAUGGAACCUCAGCUAAUGCAAACUUCAGAGGUCGGUAUUCUUACGUCCACCGCCCUGUUAAACAGGAUCAUCAGGCAGGUGACAUCAGCGUCCCUGCUGCAAGAGACCAUUCACUUCCUGUUGGGAGAAGAAACAGCACCAGAGACACUUGCUGGCAUUACCCAGCAUCCCCUGAGACACCGACUCAUAGAACACUGUGACCACCUGUCAGAUGAAAUCAGCAUCAUGACUCUAAGGCUCUUUGAGCAUCUGCUGCAGAAGCCGUGUCAGCACAUUCUGCAGAACCUGGUGCUGCGCUGCUUAGAGGAACGCAAUUACACAGAAACCAAACAGCCUGAGGAACGAGAGGAGCGAGAACACAUGGAGAACGGCCAACCGCAUGACACUGUAGAUUUGGAGGAAGACCCACUAUUCUCAGACUUUUCCCCUGAUAGCAGACUCUCCAGUCCUGAUUGGUUAAGCUGUUCUCCACCACUGAGCACAGAAAAUGCCAAACCUGAUGGGAAGACAGAGGUUCACAAAAUAGUUAACAGUUUCUUGUGUUUGGUGCCAGAUGAGGCAAAAUCUUCCAGUCAGGUUGAGGGCACAGGCUAUGACACCUAUUUGAGAGAUGCACAUCGACAGUUUCGUGACUACUGUGGGGUUUGUCAGAGGUGGGACUGGCGUAGCAGUCUCAAACCCUUUGAGAAGUGUAAUCUGGACAGUCCAUUUUUCGAGGGACACUUCCUCAAAGUGCUGUUUGACAGAAUGGGACGAAUCCUUGACCAGCCAUAUGAUGUUAACCUGCAGGUGACGUCUGUGCUGUCUAAACUUUCUCUAUUACCUCAUGCUCAUCUUCAUGAGUAUCUGCUCGACCCAUACAUUAACCUGGCGCCGGGCUGCAGGUCUCUCUUCUCAGUCAUUGUCAGGGUGGUUGGAGAUCUGAUGUUGAGAAUUCACCGCAUCCCUGAAUUCUCUACCAAACUGCUGCUGGUGAGGAAGAGACUCCUGGGGCUCGAGCCAGAGGGAAUGAGCAUUGAUCACGUGACAUUGCUCGAGGGGGUCAUUGUUCUGGAGGAGUUCUGUAAAGAGCUUGCCGCUAUCGCUUUUGUCAAAUUCCAUGCAUCUGCCUCCACUUCUCCCUGAUUGUUUCGGCGCUGUACGCAGGACACGCAUGGAUUAAUAAACCGACGAAAGGGGACGGAUGACACUGGAAUGACAAAACCAAACUGCACUCAACCCUUAGCACAGACUGCAGCCUGCGGCAGGAUGUGCAUUCAAGGAUGUUUCUUGCACAUUAUCUCGGGUUGGUUCCAUAACUGAGGCAGAGCAAACUGUUCUGAUAAAGACAGUUUGGACUGAAUUGCGACUAACAGGAACAGUCCAGCUGGAGAGGAGAGAGAGAGUGGAUUUUGUAGCAUUCAUAUUUAAAAGAAAAAAACUAAAUAACUAAAGAUUGAAUUGUAAUGCCAAAACAAUAAGUAGGAAAUGAUAUCUACUUAAAUCCGAUACAAGCAAUGAAGACUUUUAAGAAAGUUAAAUAUGAACACGCUAAAUCUUAAUUAUUAAUAAUUUCAUUGUUCAUUAUUAUUUGUUGGUCACAGUAUCAAAGAUACUGUUAUUUUGCGUUCUCUGUUCUUCUGAGAUAAAAUCACUCUAGUUGCACUAGAAUGUCAAAUGUAACAAAUAAAAAAGAAUUCGGAUGUAAAAUCACAUAUCUCAGGAUUCAAAGUCAAACUGUUUUUAAACAAUUGGUGAAUCAAAAUUUUUUUUAAGCUAAUCCUUUCUUGUUCAUUCCAGUGUUAUUUGCUGCUGUUCGUCUUUUAAACCAAACUGAAAGCAGCGUGGACUCUGAAUCGAAGCGAUCAAUCUGAAUCGAACCGGACAUAUUUGCAUUCGUAAUGCAAGCCGGAUUCAGCUCCAUUUAUACGCGCAUAUUUAUUUAACAGUGUUCCUAAACCAUAUCGGUGGUUAAACUUAAUUUAUGUUUUGUGUGUGCCUUGGUUAAAGCUAGUAGCUGUGUCUUUCAUCCUGUAUCAUGUUUUUUUUUUGUUUUUUUUACUGGUUUAAGUUUUGGUUUAAAGGAAUAGUUCACUGACAAAAUGAAAAUGUUAUCAUUAUUUACUUGCCCUCAUGUUCUUCCGACCCUGUAUUAUUUUAUAUUUUGCUGUUAAACUCAAAUGGAGAUGUUAGGUAGAAUGUCCGUGCUACUCAAAAAAAUGAGGGGUUGGUCAUUAAUACUGUCAAACUCCAAUAAGCACCAUAAAAGUAAUUAAUAUGACUUGUUUAAUACAUCCAAAGUCUUGUAACGACAUCCAACAACAUGCAGUUAUUCAAUGAUAAUCUUCCCCUCCACCAGAGCGGAGAGUUUCAUUCCAAAAUAGCAUCUUUGGAUGUAUUGUGCCAGGUUUGACUUCAUUGGCAGCAAACACUGUUGGUUCUUACGUUGCAAGUUUUAAUAAUCACGACCGCAAAUUAGAUUUGAGAGUUACAGCAGAAGAUUUUCAGUGAUUAAUUAUUUACAUUUCCAUCUGUUCCUCAUGCAAAGUUAUCAUGUGAUUUGGUAGAUGUGCUUAAGCCAUAUGGACUACUUUUAUGAUACAUAUGUGGUGUGGUGUUUAAUAUAUAUAUAUAUAUAUAUAUAUAUAUAUAUUAUUGAAUGCAGAAUAGCAGCUCAGUAUCUCUGCCUGACAUCUGUUGUUGUGUUUCAUAGACGAAAGAUAAUAAUACUGGUUUGAAAUAUCAUUUGGGUUAAAUGAUGACAAUUUUAAUUUUUGGGUGAACUAUCCCUUUAAAGGGCAUCUAGCUCAGAGAUGAUCAGAUAGAUUACAGUAUCGCUGCUUCCUCAUAGGGGAAAUAAAUAGCAUUAUACAUUAUGUAUUAUCUGGCAGUAUGGAAUUAUACCAGCAAUAGUGUUAUUCAUCAGGCUGCUCUUUUCGUACGCUCCUCUUUGAAAAGGGACACACUGGUCUAAAAACGCACACUGUGUACAAUUGGCAAAGAAGGCACAGCUUGAAAUAGAUUAUUUUUUUUUUCCUCAUCAAAAUGUGUUUCAUCAUGGUUUGUAUUUAUAGUCACAAGAGUUGCACACUAGUGUAUAUUUGUCCAUUUUACAUGUGCAUAAGCAUUAUGUCUGUCUUUCAUUUUCUUUAAAAAAACCAAAGGAUCAGCGUAGGAGUAGACUGUCUGUCUCGGAGAGAAAGAACAAUAAUGCAUCUUUUUUUAUUGUUAAUCGUGCACAUUUUAUACCAAGUACUAAAUUGUUUUCAAACCGUAGAUUUAAACAAAUGUAAAGUUAUAACCGUAGCAAUGUAUGGUUUGAAAUGCAUGCAAGGUCAUAUGUGUUAAUAUGCAAAGGAAAGUAAUUUCCCUUUCUCUCCCUGACUUCAUCAAUAGUCUUUUUUGUCUUCAGUUGCCUAUUUAUGUGGAUCUUUGUGAUGCCUUAUUUUAAAUGCAGUGAAUGGCUCUGGAAUAUGACCUCUGCCGUCCUUGAUUUGAGUUAUAAGAAAAAUUUAUUCAUAUUUUUAAAGUUGUAAAGAAAUGUAUUUUCAGUUGGUUUAAAAGAAGAAAAAAAAUAAUAAUCUGGGCUUUCUCCUGUAAACGUAUAAAGCUUGUUUUCUCUAUGUAAUUUAUCUGCUUGGAGCUAAAACUGAUUGUUCGACUGAUUUCUACCUAUUUCUUGUACAUGUUGCUCGAUCAUUUGACUUUUUUUCUGUUGAAUUUGAAGCAUCACUGCCAUGGUGUCACAAUAUGACACGUUUUAGGAAAACAAGGUUAAACGUCAUCAUUUUUUAGAUAAAAUGUCAUCUAACCUAUUGCUUGAUUCUGUUGGGGCUGUAAAUCUCUCCCAUGAGAUUUGCUCUCUCCUGUGGCUUUGCUUUAUUCACUUUAGUCCGUCCAUAUUAAAUAUUUGCUUUUCUCAAAACAAAUUGGGUGUGGUUUUGCAGUUUUCUGUUUUAUAUAAGGACAGUUACUGAGAUAAAGCGAGUACUAUUCGGCUGGUCAUGUGGUUCUAUCAUGUAAGCCCCGAUGUGUGGACCCUCGACGUGUAGAAUAAAACAGCUUUUUUAAGGUUACAUACACAUUUGUUCAUAAUUCCUAACCUUUAAUCAUAGAAAACAUUCCCUGUCUUAGGUCAGUUUGGAUCACUACUGUAUUUUAAAAAUGUAAAAUGUCAGAAUAAUAGUAGAGAUAAUUAUAUAUUUCAGCUUUUAUUUCUUUCAUCACAUUCCCAGUGGGUCAGAAGUUUACAUACACUUUGUUAGUAUUUGGUAGCAUUGCCUUUACAUUUUUCAACUUGGGUCACAACAUUUUGGGAGCCUUCCACAAGCUUCUCACAAUAAGUUGCUGGAAUUUUGGCACCUCCAGACAGAACUGAUGUAACUGAGACAGUUGUGUAGGCCUCCUUGCUCACACAUGCUUUUUCAGUUUCUGUCGGAUUGAGGUCAGGGCUUUGUGAUGGCCACUCCAAUACCUUGACUUUGUUGUCCUUAAGACGUUUUGCCACAACUUUGGAAGUAUGCUUGAGGUUAUUGUUCAUUUGGAAGACCCUGGCUGAUGUCUUGAGAUGUUGCUUCAAUAUAUCCACAUAAUUUUCCUUCCUCAUGCUGCCAUCUAUUUUGAAGUGCACCAGUCCCUCCUGCAGCAAAGCACCCUCGCAGCAUGAUGCUGCCACUCCCAUGUUUCACGGUCAGGGUGGUGCUAUUCAGCUUGCAAGCCUCACCCUUUUUCCUCCAAACAUAACGAUUGUCAUUAUGGACACUUCAUUUCAUCAGAAAAGAGGACAUUUCUCCAAAGAGUAAGAUCUUUGUCCCCAUGUGCACUUGCAAACUGUAGUCUGGCUUUCAGGUUAUAUCGAUAUAGGAUUUGUUUUACUGUGGAUAUAGAUACUUGUCAGCAUGUUUCCUCCAGAAUCUUCACAAGGUCCUUUGCUGCUGUUCUGAAAUUGAUUUGCACUUUUUGCACCAAACAUCGUUCAUCACUAGGAGACAGAAUGCGUCUCCUUCCUGAGCGGUAUGAUGACUGCAUGGUCCCAUGGGGUUUAUACUUUCAUACUAGUCUUUGCACAGAUGAACGUGGUACCUUCAGGCAUUUGGAAAUUGCUCCCAAUGAUGAACCAGACUUGUUUUCACAAUUUUAUUUUCUGAGGCCUUGGCUGACUUCUUUUGAUUUUCCCAUGAUGUCAAGCAAAGAGACACUGAGUUUGAAGGUAGGCCUUAAAAUACAUCCACAUGUUCACCUCCAAUUCAGUACACACCCUGUCAGAAGCUAAUUGGCUAACGGUCUGAAGGCUUGACAUCAUUUUCUGGAAGUUUCCAAGCUGCUUAAAGGGACAGUUAACUUAGUGUAUGUAAAUCUCUGACCCACUGGAAUCCAUUUAAAGUGAAUCAAUCUGUCUGUAAACAAUUGUUGAAAAAAUUACUCAUGUCAUGCACAAAGUAGAUGUCCUAAACAACUUUCUAAAACUAUAGUUUGCUAAUAUAAAAAAAUGUGGAGUGGUUUAAAAAAUGAGUUAUAAAAUAUAAAUAAAAAUAUGCAGAACACUGGUAAACACUGAUAAACACACACACACAUAUAUAUAUAUAUAAAUACAGUACUAAACGUAUAAAUGUUUUUAUCAAUGAAUAAUAUAAUUGAUUUGUGCCUACAUAAUUUUUUGCAUAUGCAGGACACUGGAAACUCUUUAUAAUAGCUAAAUUGUUGUGCCGAAAUUGGUCACCUAGAGAAAACGGUGACUAGAGGUCGCUGUUCAUCAAAUGAUGGUGCGAGAACGCGCUUAGCGCACAUGCACGUAAUCGUGAGCGCGCUUGGAGAGUCUUGACAAUGCUGCGGAGAAACAGCCGCAUCCAGUGAGCGAUGCUGUAAAAACGGGUUCAUUUGCUUAAAGAAAUAUCCUUAUUAGACAAGCUGUCCGUGCUCUGUCAUCAUGAUUGUU